CACAGAUCUGAGUGAGAGAGCAUUACUUCGACAUACACCGUUAAGAUGCCAGAAAGACCCCCAUUUCCUGGCCGCCCUGCACAGCCCCCCGGGCCUACCUUCCUCCACUAUUCUCCCGAUGGCCAGAGGUUAACCGUCGCCGGCAUUGGAGACUUCGCUCGUUCCUUCAGGACCAACGACAACGGCGAACCCGACUUGUUGCCCUCGACUCAUGCAGAGACAUUUGCUGUUGCUUCGGGGGUAUGGUGCCAAUUGAGAAAAGACAAUAUGUUAGAUGCAGUCGGCUGAUCUGGCCCAGAACGACUACGCGAUUUUGGGCUGCGAAGAUGGAACAGUGUGCGAAUAUGCAGUCCCGUCCGGAGACUUCAGACAAAUGCUUGUCAGAACCACACUCCCUGUCAGAGAUAUUGCACUCUCACCAGACGAGCAAUUUGUGGCUGUCUCUAGCGACGAGCUAGAAAUCAAGGUCGUCAACCGAAGGGAUAUUGAGGAGAUAACGAUACUACGCGACCACACCAGACCAGUCAAACAUUUGACAUACAACGAAUCCGGCAGAUAUCUCGCCGCAUCGUGCACCGACGGCGUAAUCUACAUUUAUGACAUGCAUGCUUUCGAGCCUAAGCUGUCCAAAACCUUCGAGGGCCUCAUUCCUUCACUUGAAACGGCCGAGACAGCGACUUCCCGCUGCGUUUGGCAUCCUGAUGGAAGAGCUUUUGCUUGUGCCACAGCGACAAGAGAUAUUCAAGUCAUCUCGGUUGAAGACGGUGCACGGCAACGGACAUUCUCGGGGGAGCACAGCGCUGAGAUCACAUCACUGGCAUGGUCACCGAAUGGCGCCUUGUUGGCCUCCGCAGACUCGGAUUAUCUCGUCAUCUGGGACGCCAAAACACAAAAGCCACUGAAACGUUUCAAUUACACAAACAUCCUCAAUGUGGCGUGGCAGAACCACAGCGAGAACAUCUUCAAUUGGACGACUUCCAAUGGUGAAGUCUUCAUCAUCCCGGAAUUUCUUAGAGACGAAGCCCACGUCAAGCUGCUCAAAGGACCCAAAGUCGGUGCUCCUUUCUUCCACGAUCCACUUCUCGAGCAAGCUGCGGUGGUGAAUGGCCGCAGGCCACUUGUUAACGGCCAAGCAAGGCGAGCAACCACCCCCGACAGUCUUGACGAGCUCCUCGGACCAGAAGAAGCAUUCGAUUGGAUAGAAGAUGACGACGGCGCGGGAUAUGUCAAUGAAAACGGCAAGAGGACAAACGGGCAUCUUGGAGACAAAACGCAACUUUUCCCAAAGCGAAACAAGCAAGAUGCGUGGCAACCGCAGGUGCAUGAGCCGUUCCAACCUGGAGCCACACCUUGGAGAGGCAACCGCAAAUACCUGUGCCUCAACCUCAUUGGAUUCGUCUGGACAGUUGACCAGGACACUCAUCAUACAGUGACGGUCGAAUUUUAUGACCGCGAAAUGUACCGGGACUUCCAUUUCACCGAUCCCUUCCUGUAUGACAAAGCAUGCUUGAACGAAACGGGGACGUUGUUCUCUUGUCCUCCACGGGAUGGCCAGCCUGCAGUGAUCUUCUACCGACCUCACGAAACUUGGACCACACGGUCGGAUAUGCGCAUCAACUUGCCCGAUGGCGAAGAAGCUACAUGCGUUGCGCUCAGCAGCAGAUAUAUCGUGGCCGUCACAAACAAGAACUACGUUCGCGUAUGGACACUGUUUGGUACGCCCGUUCGGAUUUGGCGCAUGAAGAGUUCCCCUGCUGUCACAUGUGCUGCUUGGGGUGAUUACGUUAUGACCGUUGGGAACGGCCCCGUCGGCGCUGACGGCUGUACCCAGCUUCACUAUAGCAUUGACAACGUGCGGCGAGACGAGAAUUGUCAGAAUGAGGACGUCCUUGCAUUGGGCACGGUUCCGUCGGACUCCGACGAGGAAGAAGUGAGUUUGAAGAACCUUUUCUGGAGCGAUUCUGGAGACCCAUGUAUCUAUGACAGCAAUGGUGUGCUCCUGACCCUCAUGCACUGGCGCGCGCUGGGGCAGGCCAAAUGGGUGCCUCUGCUUGACACCACGUUACUAGAUCGGUUGAAAGAUGGGAAGAAAGAAGAGACGUACUGGCCUGUUGCUGUGGCGGACCAGAAGUUUCACUGCAUUAUUCUGAAAGGCGGAGACAAGACUCCAUACUUUCCUCGACCUUUGCUCACAGAGUUUGAGUUCAAUAUACCAGUCUGCAGGCCCGUGGAGAACAGCAAGGAUGUCGAUGGUGAUGAAGGGGAAGAAUCCAAUGCUGCCGCCGCGGCGAGGCUGGAAGAAGCAUUUGUCCGCAGCUCUGUCAUUUUGGGAUUGCUUGACGACCAUGUUCAAGGUCUGGAACAAAGGGCCAGCCCCUCGCAGAAGACCGAAGUUAUGAGACGAGAAGUCGAGGUCGACAAGAUUUUGCUUCAACUCUUGGCUGUGGAGUGCCGCGAAGGUGAAGAGAGGGGUAUGAAGGCCCUUGAGAUUGUAGGGUUGCUGAAGGACCGCAGCGGCAAGAUGCUUGAGGCUGCGGCCAAGGUUGCCGGAAGAUGGGGGAGGACGGUGCUGGAGGACAAGAUCAGGGAGGUGGCAGAGCGCAGGCUGAUGGGGAUUGAGGACGAAAUGACUUGAAAUUCAAGCGGAUCUUACAAGGAAGCGAGCUGAUUCAGUGGACAUGAUGAUGAUGUAUCGACGUUGUUCACUAAUGCCAUGGGUUGCUGUUGGAUCGAUAGUGAUACAAGGCUGAGUGGAGGAGGGGGCAUUCGUAAGCCACUCCACAGAAUUGGAUGAUGCAUGAUCCUAACUUGGUCAAUCUGGCAUGUUCUGCAUAUCAGCAGGACUCCUGUGACAAAGUGUGUCAAUUACAACGACGAUAGAAACUAUCUGCAUGCGUUGAGCGACC